UAGGUUCGCCAAAGUUGAAUCUCUUCGCUGAAAGAGGUGUACAUCGACGAGCAAGAAAUCUUAUUCGUUCAUGCUGGAGUUUCAGUAGUUUCUUCAAGAAUGUCUCGACAACCUCUUUUUUCAACAAUCAAAUUUUCUCUACCGAGUCGGAGUAGCAGACAUUGAAAAGAUCACCAUUUAUGUCGGUCUUUAUGUCUAAUGAAAUGGGUUUUUCUUCUUCCCGGCUGUUGUCGGCUCUGUUAUUUUCUGUGUUCAUCAUUUCAAUCUCUCUUUUGUUGUCUUUUUCUCUACCAAACAACGUUACCCUCCUUGGCGAUGCUUCUUUCAAGAAUGGCUCCAUUAGCCUCACUCAAGAAUUCGCCUGCCCCUAUUCUUCUUCUUCUUCUUCCUCUUCUUGUGGGAGGGGAAGAGCUCUCUGCCCUUACCCAAUUCGAUUUCUUGAUCCUGUAACUAACACUACUGCGUCCUUCUUGUGUCGCUUCUCCUUCUUUGUCAUCCCCUCUCCUUCUUCUUCUUCUGUCUUCGGAGAUGGCCUUACUUUUCUGAUCAUGUCCAACGACGAUGUCCCCUGCAACUCCGCCGGUCAUAUGGGUUUGCUAAACUGUGCCACAAACGCAAAAGAAUCGUUCAUUGCAGUUGAAUUCGAUACAAAUCUUGACCCAUCCCUUGGGGACAUCAACGACAAUCAUGUCGCUCUCGACAUCAACUCGGUCAUCUCUUUCGCCUCCGUCGAUGCCGGCACAAUGGGUAUUGCUCUCAAGAGCGGGAGGCGCAUGACAGCUUGGAUUGAGUACAGGGACCGAGAAAAGAUGUUGAGGGUAUGGCUCAGUUACUCAUGCUUCAGGCCUGCCGUCCCCAUUCUUGACGUCGGCGUAGACCUAUCUGAGCAUCUUCAGGAGUUCAUGCGCGUUGGCUUCUCUGCUUCCAAUGGACGUGGUUCUGCGCUUCAUCUCAUCGAUAAGUGGCAAUUCAGGACAUUCCGUUUCCUCACUGUGACGCCUAUAGACACAGGACAAGGAGAAGAAGAACAAGAGUGUUGUUUCACAUGCUCUGGUGAUUAUCUCACCAUCAAUAAUGGGUCCUUUGAUCCUCGCAAAAGAAGAAUAAGAAGAACGAUAAAUGAGGUGGGCCUUGCCUUGGGCGGAACAACUGUGUUUCUCUUCUCCAUGGCAGUGGUCGUGGGUGGAACCAGUUGGUAUCAGCUGAGGAAGAGGAGAAACGAAGCCAGAGGAAGCAAAACCCUCCAAGUGCAGAAUGCAAUGAAGAAAAUACCCACAAGGCUGUCACUUGCAGAGAUAAAAGCAGCCACAAAGGGAUUCAAGCAAAGCAGAAUCGUCGACGAAGGGGCUUCCGGGUCUGUAUAUGAGGGGACCGUCGCCUCUGGUGGGGCUAUAGCAGUCAAGAGGUUCAAUUGGCGGAUGAAUCAUAAUGAGUACUUGCGCGAUCCCUUCAUGACUGAGUUGGCAACCAUGUUGGGUUGCUUGAGACAUAAGAACCUGGUCUAGCUCCAAGGCUGGUGCUGCGAGGGAGACGAAUUGGCCCUUGUUUAUGACUUCAUGCCAGGUGGAAGCCUCAACGAGAUCCUCCACAACAAUAAGAGCUCUGAUUUGGCAUCGAUCCUCACCCUGGAACAGAGACUAAAGAUUGUACUUGGCAUGGCAUCUGCACUCACCUAUCUUCACGAGGAGUGCGAUGGGUAGAUCAUCCACAGAGACGUCAAGCACAACAUCAUGCUUGACGCCAAAUUGAAUCCCAAGCUUGGUGAUUUUGGACUUGCAGAGAUCUAUGAACACAGUGGCCGCACUCGUGAGGCCAUCACACCUGCUGGAACCAUGGGUUACCUUGCGCCAGAGUAUGUACAUUCUGGGAUGCCCACGGUGAAGACAGACGUGUAUAGCUUUGGUGUUGUAGUGUUAGAGGUGGUGACAGGAAGGUUGCUGGUGGACGGACGAGGAAUGGUGCUAGUGGAUUGGGUCUGGGACAUGUGGGCAUAGGGGAAAUUGGAGGAGGCCGGUGAUGGGAGAUUGAUGGCAAUGGAAAGGCUUGACAAGGCAGUGAUGGUGAGGAUGGUCAUGGUGGGGCUCUCUUGUGUCCAUCCAAACUAUUUGGAGAAGCCAACGGUGAGGGAGGCGGCAAGGAUACUGAGAGGGGAAGUGCUGCUGCCGGACCUACCGACAAAGAAACCAGUGCUGAGGCUUCCAUCCAUUCUGCCUGAAGGUUCUGAAGAGAUACUACAAUUUGGAGAUGGAGAAGGGGAUGGUACAAGCGGAACGCCGUGGUUAACUCCUCGGUCCCGUUUUGCUUAGUUUGUAGACUUCCUUGCUGCAAAUGUACAAUGUUUGGUUUGAUUUUUAUCAGUUAUAUCUGAUCCAGAUCACUGAAUGGUUUUCAAGAUGAAGUCAUGGUCCUCGUGGACCAGAUCCCACAUUGAUUGAAUGUCUGUAACUAUUGGGUUUAUACAAUAUUUUCCUCUCACCAUUGGAGAGAAUUUCUA